AUGGGAGGAAAGAAGCAAGGAGAACGCAAGCAACCACGAAGAAUAAAAAAGCGUGUUCAAAACGACAAAUCAAUCAUUGCAAAGGUGAUGGAUUUACCAAAAAGCACGUCAGACGAGGAGAUUCACGAAUUGUUUGAUAAAUACAAACCAUUAUCAAUUGAUGUUCCUCGAUUUAAAGAAGACACUCCACUUGGUUUAGUUUUUUUAAAAACUGAUAGUGAAAAACAUGCCGAACAUCUCAUCAAAAAAUUUAACCACAAAAAGUUUGACGGUGUUGAAAUUAAAGUAAAUUACGACCUAACGGACGAAUCUAAAAAAACACUGAAAGUGACGAAGUUUGACAAAAAUAAGACUGACGACGAACUCAAGGAAUUUUUACAUUCCCGACACAUCGAAAGUUUCCAGAGAGCAAUUGGGAAGAAAGGCGACAUAGACGGGACGACUGUAGUAAUCACACUAGAAAGCAUCGAGUCGGCGACGGAAUUGUGCAACGAUUUUGAUCAAAAUAAAAUCGGUGGAAAUGACGUGCGAGUGCUUUGUAACCGAGUACGGAACAAAUGUUAUAUAUGUGGGGAGUAUGGGCAUCUCAAAACGCAGUGCCCGAUGAGAGUUCGAACAAAGAGAGAAAAAAGAAUGGAAGAACAAGAAAAACAAGACAAAGAAAAAGAAGAAGAAAAGGAAGAAAAAGAACCCGUGGGAUGGUCCUCAAUACAAAUCGAAAAACUCGGGAAAAUGGCGAAAUUGGAGAACGAAAAAAUCAAAGAAGAAAACGAAAAGGAAGACCUAACCGAUGACAGUUAUUACGAAGAUGAUGACUUAGAUGAAGAAGAGGAAAGAAAAAAAAUUCGAGACGCUAUUUUCCAUAGAAAUGAAAAAGAGAAAAAAUAA